GUAAACGUCAGGUGAAGUGCAGGUAUGCUGUGCGUGUUGCCUCAUUCAGUGACGCAAUCCACUUUCAUUUUCGGAUACACACCUAAGGCGCGCGUGCACAGGGACGUCCCCGUGAGAAAUGCAAAAGCAAUUAUCCAGGUUAGAAACCACAACCGGUGAUUAAACCAUGACAAAGUGAAUUGGAAAUCGUUCUGUUAAAAACAGAUACAAUCAGGCUAUUUGUAAAAUAGUCUUGUCUUGUCGCUGAUGCAAUCCAAUGUUACCAGAGAAUGUGGGAAAUCCUUCCACCUUGAAAGUCACUCUCCCUGACCGUGAUUUCCCGAGUCUAGGAAAACGAAAACAGGUGGAGUCAAAGAACUCAGGUACACCUACAUAAAUGGAGGCUUGAGGCUAUGGUCAUGACAGAAACAAUCAGCCCGAGAAUAAAUCUGUACUGGAUCCAUAUCACAAAACAGCGGAUUUUUACUGAGCAACUAUCAACACAUUUGGUUUGAUAAACUCCUGAACAAAAUGCUGAACAAGAUCCUGUUGGUGUGCCUCCUUUUCAGUGCAGGCUCCUCGCUGACCUGCAAAUGGAUGGACAGGGAUUUUAAACAAUACAGCGAAAGCGCAUUGGUUCUUCUCAAAACAAUGAAAACAAACUCCAUUGAUGAUAUUGAGGUGGAUGAUGCUGUGGCCUUCCCAGAUCAGUUGUACAAACAUGCCUCCAAACAGUCGCGGGAAGAGCGUCUGAGUUUUGUGGCACAUGUCUUGGAUGAGAUUUAUGCCCUGUUUGAGGAGAACCAAACACAUGCGUCCUGGCCAGAGAACACAGUGGAUGACUUUUUGAACAUUAUUUCGCAGCAGGCAAACGGCGUGAGGCGUUGUGCUGGAAAACAAACCACAAAUCACCACAAGAAGAAUCACAGGAAGAUGAGUCUGUAUUUUAAGAGACUUUCACGGCACGUCCUGGAGCACAUGGACUACAGCGCUGAUGCCUGGGAAUUUGUCCGGGAGGAAGUCCGAAUUCAUCUCCAUAAAGUGCACCUGCUGGCUUCCUCUUGAACCACAAAAAUAAUUUCAUCAUAAUUAGUUUUUUUAAUUGUAUAACUGAC